AUGUCCGGGAUCAAGAAUCUGCUCGGCUUCGCGUCAGCAGGGUGCAAGAACUCGCAGAAGAUGUUCCCCGCCCCCAAGGAGUCGCCCUUCCAGAAGAAUCUCCUCGAGGGAAAGGUAGCCCUGGUCACCGGCGGCGCGUCAUCGUUGAGCCAAGCGAUCGCCUACUGCUUUGCCGACCACAACGCCUCCGUCAUUAUAGCUGACAGUAAGAAACCGCCACGCGACGUGGCGAAGGAGGUGUCGGAUGCGGUGGGACGAGAAGUUGGAGCCGUUCACCUCGACCCGUGCAGCGAGAGCAGCAUCCACGACGUCUACGAGUUCAUCCAGGCCGAAUACGGCAAGCCGUGCAAUCUGUUGAUCAACAAUAGCCCGAUCCGGCUGACGGCCCCGUCGCAUUUGGUGCAGGUUGAGGAUAUUCAGAGAGCUUGCGACAGCAUCGCCACCUCGGCCUUCCUGAUGACAAAGGCCCUCUACGCCAGGAAUGGGCACAAAGUGCCGACGACGGUGCUCAACGUCACCAGCAACUAUGCUCAAAGCGCCGUCCCCUUCUCGACCGUCUCGAGCAUGGCGCUGGCCGCCGUCGAAGCGAUGACCAAGUCGUUGAGCAACGAGUUCGCCAAGGGCGGUCUUCGCAUCAACGCGCUGGCGCCGGCGUCGGAGCGGUACAAGGAAUUCAAGUCCGUGAACCAGCUGGCCGAGACCGAGCACGUCCUCCUCCCCAUUGGCCGUGACGUCGAGGCGUUGGAGUUGGCCUACACGGCCGCCUUCCUGUGCAGCGACUACACGAACGCCAUGACGGGGGCGUGCAUUACGGUGGACGGUGGGCAGCGCCAUACCCUCAACCCAAACAACUUCCUGCACGGCGUCUCCGCCAAGGAGUGGAGCCCGUUUUUGGAGAAGCAGAGGGGCAACGCCGGCGCGUUCCUCGAGCCCGCCGAGCCGAGCGACGCCGACGAGCUGCUCAAGUUCAUGCAGGAGGACUUCCUGUUGCGCGAGCCGGUCAACCAGGCGCUCGGGCUGACACACGAGAAUUCGGGCGCCUUCUUUCGAUACCUGAUCGAAGAGGGCCUGGCUUCUGGGUACUCGAUGGUUGGCCGGAAUUCGGAGGGGAAGGUGAUCGCCAUGGCGUUGGUUGGCACGAAGCAGCGUCCAGGGACUGGGGAUGUGAAGCAACCGGAAAUUGACAUGUCCGGCUUCGACCCGAACGUCAGUCUGCUCGUCAAGCUGUUGAUGGAGAAGCUGGGCGGAGAUAUGUGGAGCCGCGUGCCGGAGGGGCACGACCGUCUGCUGCACUCGAUGGUGUUGUCGGUGCAGGAGAAGUACGGGAGGAGCGGUCUCGGGACGAGCCUGCUGCGAAAAAUGUACGAGGUCGGCCGCGAGCAGGGCUUCGACGGGAUCAUCGGCGAGGCGACGGCCUGGCACACGCAGAAGUUGCUGGCGAAACUCGGGUGGAAGGUGCUGAAGGAGAUCAAGUACGCCGAGUUUUUGGACGAGGACUGUGUGCAGUUGAUCCGCACCAAAGAUGGCACCCAGCAGGCCCAGCUCGUCUACCGCCCGAUCAAGCCGAGCAACCUG